CGUUCUUAAAAAUUAUUUCAAAUUAUCACAACUGCAUUUACUUUUAAAAAUCUAUGAAUACGAAUACGAUUCGUUAGUAACAAAAAAAUUGUAUUUAUAUGGUGUACUAUAUUAUUACCUAUUAGUUACUACCUAUAAUAGGCUAUGAAUACCUACAAUAUGCAUCACUUAUUGUGGGUGGGAGGAUAUCAACAAGUCCGUCCUAACACUCCUGACAUAAUCACGAACUCACGGUAGACACCUGUUGUGAAGGUAUAGUCUUACAGACAAUAGAUAACAGUGGAGUUCGAUCGACAAUUUUAUUCAACUUUGAUGAAUGUCGUAUUAUUGUUAAGCAGUUCUUCGUGAUAGUAGUUAUUUUGUGAUUAAACUGAUUAUAGUUCAUUUCUGGUUAUAAUUAUACGACACAAUCGACAUAUUAUUAUGAAAUAUUGUAUAACAUGAAGCACACAUAAUUAUCAGAAAUUGUUUAACAGGUCGACAUUCGUCAAAUGUAUCACAGCUGAUUUUUAAACAGCAUCCGGAAUUCCGGACUUCAAAUACAUUUUGUUGAACCGAACGCUGAGAAAGGUGAACAAUAUUCUAUUUUUAAAUCAGAUGUCCUGUCCUGUUAGAACUUAGUAAGUUACCAACAGUGUCGCACUGUAAUUUUAUAUUACAUCAGAAGCGCAGAGAACACAAGUAUUUAACCAAAAUACCAUGUUUAAUAUUUAUUUUGUCCUAACCAAUAGACAACACUCGACAGCGUAGAAUCCAUAUUUAUUAAUUUACUAUUAUAUAAUUUAUUAUUAAUAUAAUAUUUAUUACUAUUACUAUUAAUCAUUAUUAUAUUGAUACUUGGCAUUAUUAAGAUUUAAUCUUCAUUGCUAAUGGUGUACUGAUGUAGUGUACUACUGUUGAUCUACACGAAUACGUAUGGAGUAGCGAGUAUCACUGUUCGGUGAACAUAACUUAAUAUUAUUUACAUUUCAUAUUUUAACCUUGCUAGCGGUUAUAUAAUUAUUAGUCAUUACUUGUUGAGUAUAUAGAUAACGGAUAUAAUCUCGGACGAAUUAACGUAUUUAAUUAACAUUGAAAAUAUAUCAAAAUAUAAACAAACAGUUAUUAAUCCAGAAAUUAAUAAUAAUUAUAAAUAAAAUAUUAUUAGUUUUUAACAAUGUUUUCAAAUUGUAUAAUUACUAGAAAUAUUCAGCACAGUUGCAAAUUAUUAAUUGUUGGUGGAGGUUCUGGAGGAUGUACGAUGGCUGCUAAGCUCUCAAAAUAUGAACGUGAUGUGAUCAUACUAGAGCCAAAUGACACACACUACUAUCAACCUAUGUUUACAUUGAUUGGUGGUGGUAUGAAAACUAUAUCCCAGUCCUGUUCUUCCACAAAAUCGGUGAUUCCAAAAAAUGUAAAUUGGAUCCAAGACAAAGUCAAAAGUUUUAAUCCAAAAGUAAAUAUUAUAACAACAUCAAAUGGAGACACAAUUAAUUAUGAUUAUAUGGUAGUGUCUAUUGGAUUACAAUAUAAUUAUGAUCAAAUCAUUGGCUUAAGAGAAGCUCUUAGUAAAAAAGAUAGUGGAGUUUGUACAAACUAUUCAUCUCAAUAUGUGGAAAAAACUUAUCAAAUUUUGCAAAAUUUCAAUGGUGGAAAUGCAAUAUUUACAUUUCCCAAUACACCAAUUAAAUGUGCUGGAGCUCCUCAAAAAAUUAUGUAUAUUACUGAAGACUAUUUAAGAAGAACAGGUAAAAGAAACAAAGCCAAUAUAAUGUACAAAACAUCUACACCUGCAAUAUUUGGAGUUAAAAAAUAUGCACAGAAGUUACACCAAAUAUGUAAUGCACGUAAUAUUUCAGUUGGCACAAGACAAAAUUUAAUAAAAAUAGAUUCUACCCAGAACAAAGCCACUUUUGAAUUUCUUGAUGAACCAAAUAAAACUGAAUCAAUGGAAUAUUCUAUGCUUCAUGUUACUCCACCAAUGGGUCCACCAGAUGUUUUAAUAAAAUCUAGUCUCAGCAACAGUGCUGGGUAUUUAGAUGUUGACCCUUAUACAUUACGUCACAAUGUAUAUGGGAACAUAUUUGGAAUUGGAGAUUGUACAAGUUGUCCAACAUCAAAAACAGGAGCUGCAGUAGCAGCCCAAAGUAUUAUUGUUCUUAAAAACAUGAUAAAUGUGAUGAAUGGUAAGAACAUCAAAGAUAAAUAUGACGGAUACACAUCUUGUCCAUUAGUCACUGGAUAUAGCAAAUGCAUUCUAGCAGAAUUUGAUUAUGACCUUAAACCAUUAGAGACAUUUCCAAUAAACCAAGGGAAUGAAUUGCGUAGCAUGCUUUUGAUAAAGAAACAUGUACUACCAUUUAUUUACUGGAAUAUAAUGCUUAAAGGUUAUUGGAAUGGUCCUAAAAUGAUAAGAAAAAUUAUGCAUUUUGGUCUUGAUUAGAUUAAAAAUUAUAAUGUAGUAAAAUAUAAAUACUUCUUAUUGGUAUGUAUAAUCAUUAUUGUUUUGAUCACAACAAAUUUAGUUAUUUAAUAAUAAAUAUUUAUAAACACUAAUUUAUUUAGAUAAUAAUAGUUAUUAUUCCACAUACUAGGCAAAGGAUACCUUUUUAAUAUAAUUAUAGUUAAUACAUUUAUUGUAAAAUUAAAUGCUAAAUAGUAAAUAUUAUAUUUCAAAUCAUUAAAAAAAAAAAAACUUAACUCAAUAUUUUGAAUAAAAUCUUUGAUGCAUAAGGUACAGUGAGCAUAUUUGUAAAUUUAAUAUUAAAAUAGUAGAAUAAAAAGGUUUUACCUGUGUUUUGAGUGUUAAUGAAAUGUGAUCUAUGACCAAAUUCAGAAGUAUCUAGUAUUGCAUCAUUAAAAUCUGCUAAAUUGUUUUUUUCAGUUUGAGAUGUUUCAUCUGUAAA